AUGGCAUCGAACCAAGAAUACCCUCUCCUAUGUCUAGAGAACCCUCUUCUCGACAUCCAAGCUGUAGGAACUGAGGAACUACUCAAGAAAUAUAACCUCAAGGCCAAUGAUGCCAUCUUGGCCUCGCCUGAGCACAUCCCACUAUACGAUGAUCUGUUGAACAAUUACGAUGCGAUGCUAAUCGCUGGUGGUGCCGCCCAAAAUACGGCCCGAGGUGCUUCUUACAUCUUGCCCGCUAACAGUGUCGUUUACCUGGGUGGUGUUGGUGACGAUAAAUAUGCCGCCAUUCUUCGUGACGCUGUCAAGCAGGUUGGCCUGCGGGUGGAAUACCGCGUUGACCCCAAGGAGCCUACCGGCCGUUGCGGUGUCGUAAUCACCGGCCACAACAGAUCCUUAUGUACCGAUCUUGCUGCCGCCAACCACUACGAUCUUGACCAUCUCAAGAGCCCCGAAAUCUGGAAGCUCGUCAAGAAUGCUCAGUUCUACUAUGUUGGUGGCUACCACUUUACCGUUUGCCCACCAGCCAUUCAGGCCCUCGGCGAGGAAGCUGCUGCUAACAACAAGACUUUUGUUGUCAACAUCUCGGCCCCCUUCAUUCCCGAGUUUUUCAAAGAUCCCCUUGAUGCCUCUUCCAAGUACUGGGACUAUGUCAUUUGCAACGAGACCGAAGCCGCCGCCUACGCCCGCUCCCACAGCCUAACGGCCGCCGAGACCGACGUCCCUGCCAUCGCCAAGGCCCUCGCCAAUCUCCCCAAGGCCAAUGCCAGCAAACCCAGAGUCGCUGUCAUUACGCAAGGCACCCUCCCAACGGUAGUCGCUGUCCAGGGCCAGGACGAGGUCAAGCAGUACCCUGUCCACGUUAUCGACUCCUCCAAGAUCAACGACACGAACGGUGCUGGAGAUGCCUUUGCCGGUGGCUUCGUCGCCGGUCUCGUCCAAGGAAAGUCCCUGGAAGAGAGCGUCGACAUCGGCCAAUGGCUCGCGCGGCUAAGCAUUCAGGAGUUGGGACCUUCGUAA